GGUGCUCUCCUUCCUGUCUUUCCCCGUGUCCGCAGCUUUCAGGGACGGAUUAAUCAUGGCUGCUUCCAAGCCAGUGGAACCCCAGACUGGCACCGGGAUUCCACACUGGAAACUGGCUCUGGCAGUGGGAACGCCCCUGCUUUUGGGAGCCGGAGCCUUGUAUCUAUGGAGCCGUCGCAGUGCGAACAAGAAAGAUAGCGAAAGGCGGACACCUGAUGGAAAGGCCAGCCCUGUACCUGAGAAAGGCAAUUUGGACCCAGAACGCCUGCAGGAUAUGAACCCUCUUGAAAGAGCCCAAGCAGCAAAGAACAAAGGUAACAAGUAUUUCAAAGCUGGCAAAUAUGAACAAGCCAUUCAGUGUUAUACUGAGGCUAUCAGCCUCUGCCCCUCUGAGAAAAAAAAUGACUUGUCUACAUUCUAUCAGAACAGAGCCGCUGCUUAUGAACAGCAACAAUCCUGGAAAGAAGUCGUACAAGAUUGCACUAAGGCAGUGGAGUUAAAUCCGAGAUAUGUCAAGGCUCUUUUUCGAAGGGCAAAGGCCCAAGAAAAGCUUGACAACAAAAAGGAAUGCUUAGAAGAUGUCACAGCUGUCUGUAUAUUGGAGGGUUUCCAAAACCAACAGAGCAUGCUGCUUGCAGAUAAAGUCCUUAAGCUGCUGGGAAAAGAAAAAGCCAAAGAGAAAUACAAGAACAGGGAGCCACUGAUGCCUUCUCCACAGUUCAUAAAGUCAUAUUUCAGUUCGUUCACUGAUGACAUCAUCUCCCAACCUCUUCAAAAAGGAGAAAAGGCUGAUGAGGAUAAGGACAAAGAGGGAGAAGCAUCGGUUGUUAAAGAGAAAUCUGGUUAUUUAAAAGCCAAACAGUAUAUGGAAGAGGAGAACUAUGACAAAAUCAUCAGCGAAUGCACAAAGGAGGUGGAGGCGAAAGGCAAAUAUAUGGCAGAAGCCUUACUGCUAAGAGCGACGUUUAACUUACUCAUAGGCAAUGCAGCUUCCGCAAAACCGGAUUUAGAUCAGGUUAUCAGCAUGGAAGAAUCGAAUGUUAAGCUACGUGCAAAUGCCCUUAUCAAACGUGGCAGCAUGUACAUGCAGCAACAACAGGCUCAGCUUUCUACACAGGACUUCAACAUGGCAGCAGACAUAGAUCCACAGAAUGCAGAUGUUUAUCAUCACAGAGGACAGCUGAAAAUCCUUUUAGACCUAGUUGAAGAAGCUGUUUUAGACUUUGAUGAAUGUAUACGACUGCGACCUGAUUCUGCUCUAGCGCAAGCGCAGAAAUGUUUUGCAUUAUACCGUAAAGCUUAUACUGGCAGUAACCCACUACAAAUUAAAGACGCAAUGAAAGGUUUUGAAGAUGUAAUUAAAAAGUUUCCAAAGUGUGCUGAAGGCUAUGCCCUAUAUGCUCAGGCACUAACAGACCAACAACAGUUUGGAAAAGCUGAUGAAAUGUAUGAUCAGUGCAUACAGCUUGAGCCUGACAAUGCUACCACUUAUGUUCAUAAAGGUUUACUUCAGCUUCAGUGGAAGCAGGAUUUGGACAAAGGAUUAGAACUGAUCAGCAAGGCCAUUGAAAUUGACAACAAAUGUGAUUUUGCCUAUGAAACAAUGGGUACAAUAGAGGUACAGAGGGGAAAUUUGGACAAAGCCAUUGACAUGUUCAACAAAGCAAUCAACUUGGCCAAGUCUGAAAUGGAAAUGGCCCACCUCUACUCACUAUGUGAUGCUGCUUAUGCCCAGACAGAAGUUGCAACGAAAUAUGGAUUGAGACCACCGACGUUGUAAACUGACUUUUAUCUCUAAAGUAUGCAUCCAAAAUGUGGAAUGGUGGAACAUGGUUUUUCUGAUUGUGGUGUUGUCGUUCAUUCCUUCUGUCAGAUGUGUAUGUGGUGGGAGUGGGGGAUGUCUGCCAUGUUUCCCUUUGCGACACUAAGGGAAAAUAAAGGUAUAUUUUGCAUGAGAACAGAAGGAAAUGUUUUGGCCAUGCAAAUAAAACUGCUUAAUUUGUUUUUCUGGUUCAUCAAGCAAUGGGUGGUUACUAUGUGAGCAAGUUUCUUUUUUUUUUAUCGGACACUUUUUACAGUUUCUUUUUUUUUUUUUUUUUAAUUAAAGUUAAUUCAGAACUUUCUCAGAUUUUCACAAUGAUUUCAUUUGUAUAUAGCAGAUCUAAAAAAAAUGGUUGAUUCUUUUUAGUGAAAAGUAACUAUUAUUAUUUUUUAAUGUGGUAAAUAUUCUUCAUGCACAACCCUUUAUUUCCCCUUUAAUCAAGAAAUGUUAAGUUUAUGUAACCACACUUACCUUGUAUCAGGGAAUUGCUUACUAUUUAUCUUUCUGUGCUAAGAAUCACAAGCGGAACUAACAAUUCAUAUUGUAUCUUACUGGUCGAGAAAACAAUGGAGUCCAUUACCACCUCCUCAAUGAUCUACCAUGUGAAUACUCUUUUGUUGUACACAGAUUCUUUUUUGUAUUGCUGUUAUAUACCAGAGGUAGCACAAAGAGAGGCAGAAAUAUCCAUGGAAAAACAGCCUCGUUCACUAAAAUGUUGUCUAAAAUAAAUGUUCUCCUGCACUCUUUAGCUUUUAACAUUUGUUCUCCUUUUGCUGAUCAUUGGUUAAUUUAGGUUUGUGCAUUUGCUCUGCAGAAUAAAGUUUAAUUACUGUACUGAUUUAUUUCAAAUUAAGCCGUUUUCAGUUCUGAAGCAUAUUGGCACAUUAUCACCUCAUGCUAAUCACAUGAAAUUCUGAAUGUCACUUUUUAAAUUUAUUAUCCAUUCUGAACUCUGACUUUGGUUAUGCUCACCAUCAAGCCAGAGCAGACAGAGGAAUAAGUUACACAAGGUGGAUAGUGCAAGAAGAAGCAGUGCCUUUGGCGUUUUCAAGAGAAUAAUUUUGUUUUAUAAUUUCCAGAGUGUAAAGCUAUGUGUUUCUUUUAGAUUUACAACUGUACUACUAGUUUUCUAAUCUGUGUGGUGGCACUCUUGUCAACAACCAAAGUCCAAUAUACUAAACCCAAAAUAAUACAAAAAAAUGUCCUUCAAGUGUGAUAAAAAUCCAACACCUAGGAAAGAACCUGCCCAGGCCGCUCCACAGUCUUCAGCCUAGUCAGACUCUCAAAUCGAUUUCUUCAAUUACAAGAAACAUACCAGGCCAACACAAGACAUGAUAUCGUCCCAUACACAGAGAUAAAAAUAAAGAUGGUUGCACCUCUGGGUGCUAUGAUCUCAGGCUAGCUCAACUGAUCUCUCUGGUCUCGCACUUCCCUCAAAGAUUAUUCUGGUUUUGCUGAUAUAUGAGGGCUGCUCUAAUAUCUGCAGUUGUCCUCACCGAUGUGUUUACAUUUAAAACAUCCGGCUUAUGUGUUGCUAUGUUUUCAUUUGUUUUAUUAAACUUUUUAUUCCUCAUAUCAUACUCUGCUGAUAUUUGUUGUUAACCACUUUUUCGAGUCGGUGAUGACUGCGGAUAUUGCAGCAGCCCACUGAAAUAUCGGUGAAACCAAAAUGAUCUUUAAGGGAGGUGUGGGACUAGAGAGGCUAGGUGUCUGUAAAGUCCUAGCCUGUGAUCAUAGCGCCUGGCACAGUGCAAUAUAUCUUAUGAGUGAGUCCUUUACUUUUAUCUGUAUGCCAUGUGGUGCCCUGGUGUGAACUUGCUGUCACUGCAGGGCAGGUGGCACAUGGUAGUAAUCCUGUAAAUUGCAGUAGACUUAAAGGGAAAAUAACAUAUUUAUUAACUAUUGCAUCACGUCCACUGCAGAGAGACAGUUUAUUUUGCUUGUGGAGAAAAUAUUGCUUCAUAAUAGUCUUCAUAUGUUAGUAGAAAAUAUGUAUUGCUGUAUUGGUCCUUGUCAAAGUAAGAUGGUUAUUUUACUUUAUCCCAUUUAUUAUCAGCUUAAAGUGCAUCACAAUAUUUUACAGUACUACUGGCUAAAGGGCUAUUCAAUUUGACCAUCCCUCCUUAUGCACAUUAAACUUGUAUGCAGGAUCAGUUACAGUCUUUAGAAAUGUGGGUUGUAAUGUACCAAUACCCCAUGGAUUUUAAAACUCUCAUUAAAAUACUGCUUUAAAAAGUGUAACUGCUUUCAUAAUCACAUAGCUUAUUUACUGUAUGAAAUACUCACAUUUUUAUUAAACAAACUUUAUGUGCAUUGCCACUGAUACAAAACCUCACUGCUUUAUUAUUACUAGUUUGUUUUUUUGUUUUCAAUGGGGGUUAAUCCUUUAUCCUUGAUGGCCACACACGCCAGCUGACGCUAGUGAGUUCUGAUUGACAGCAGCAUUCACUUUAUAAAAAGAGAAUACACUAUUCACAUUUUAGCUUCUUUACAGUGUUAUAGUUGGAUUUUAUUUUCUUCUUCCUUUUAUAAAGUGAGGUAUAAUGGUAACAAAAAUGCAGAAUUGUAAUAAACCACAAAUAUAUGCAUCCAUUGUCUUCCCUUAAAGGGACAGUCUACUCCAAAGAUUUAAUUUUUAAAAAAGAUAAUGUAUUUACCCAUUCCCCCAGCUUUCCACAACCUGCAUUGUUAUAUUAAUCUUUCUAACCUUUAAAACUCUAAAUUGCUGCCUGUCUCUAAGCCACUAAAAACCACCUCUUAUCUCAGUGCCUUUUUAUAGCUUUUUCACAGCAAGACACUGCUAUUUGGUGUGCUCACUUCUGUGGAGGUAUUUAUGACUAAAAUGCAAGUCUGUAAAUAGCACUGAAAUGAGGGGGGCAGUCUGCAGAGGCAUUAGAUACAAGAUAAUCACAUAGGUAAAACAGUAUUUUAAUAAAACAGUGUUGGUUAUGCAAAGCUGGAGAAUGGUCAAAGGGAUUAUCUAUCUUUUUAAACGAUAAAAAAAUUGGACUAGACUGUCCCUUUAAAUACAGAUGUAAGGUAAUUUGUAAGCAACCCUGGUAUAUUUCUAAAUAUUGUGUGAUUACUCAAGUUCUGUUUAAAUGGAGGGAAUACCUCAAGGGUUGUCGAUGUAAAUAUAUAGAUUAUUUAGCCACUUGACGCAGAUUUGUUUACCUCUAAUUUCCUAUUACUCCCUGGUUGAAAAUCUCAUCUGUAAAUACAACCGAGGACCAAUUAUUCUGAAUUGUUCAUAUUGUUUCUGGAAAUAUUUUGCAACUUCAAAGAAAAGGGUAGCCAAGCUCAGCUUAUAUUUAGUUUUGCCAUCUGCUUUCUGGGUAUUAUAUUUACCAGUUCAGUUACAUGUAUACACUAAUGGAAGAAAGGUACUUUUUUUUUUUUACUUUUUUUACUUUUUCCCUCCUUGUAUUGUAAAGGUGGUGCCAAAAAUCACCAGUUAGUUAAAGAUUUACAUAUCUAUAUUCAGUUUAAAAAAUAAAAUACUGACACAAAAGCCACGUAAACCAACGUGUUAAAUGUAAUGUCCACCUUGUACAUGUUAAAAAUAAGUGCAUUUUUUUCAUGCAUUGUAAUUUAAAAUGGUUAUCUGAAUACAUUAGAAGUGUUAUGACUGCAAUGUGGAUACUAAAGGGAGUGUAACAUGCAACUUGGCAUUUGGGUUACUUUGUGGCUAGAUCAUUUAAGUGUAUAUCUGAUUUUUAGGCAUCUUCCUAGAGAUCUUUUUGUACCUUUCACAUAAAAUAACAAUCAUACAUAAAACAUGUUUUCUUUUGGAUUUAUUGAAAGAAAAAGAAAUGCUAAGAAAACAAGAACUGUUGGGUUUUAUUUGCAUGGCUUCUCAUAGUGCCAUUCAUUUCUUCCUGUUCUGUACCUUAUUAUAAACAGGAAAGCAUGUGCAGAAUAAAGCUUGUAUUCCACA